ACACUUCUCAUGUUGUGUAGGAUUGCAUACCUCAAAGCCUCAUUAAUUUCCUUCCUCUUCCAGACUUGUUUCCUCCUCACUGUAAGGUUAUCAAUUUCAUUAGCAAUCUCCGGCUCACCCAUUAAGAAAUUCUUAACAGUCUGAAUGCGUCAAUUGCAACUUGUAAGUUGAUGGCUGAUACGAAGCAUCGCCAUCUGCAGUUCCAAGUGGGAGAUUAGGUAUGGAAUCUCUAAGAUUUCUUCAAUGAUUUAAAUCUCUCUUUCUGUUUGAUGGGGACAAAUUGUGUGAUAGUUGUAGCGUUUUGGAUCCCAAUCAUUAAAAUUUCUACAUCAGUUUCGCUUACCCGCCAAAAAUGCUUGCCAAAAGAAGCCCAUUCCAUCCACUCCACUCCAAAUACUAUUCCCUCUCUUCCCAUACAUUUCUCUCCCAACCAUCAACACAAUUGAAUCUACCACCAGAUUCGCAUCUCAAAAAUCUAUGCCUCAACGGCCGACUAAAAGAAGCUCUUUUUGAAAUGUCCAUUCUUGGAACAGAUGUGAGGUUUCGAGGCUAUGAUGCUCUUAUCACAGAGUGUGUUAACCAGAAAGCUUUAAGGGAAGGACAACUAAUUCAUUCUCACAUGAUCAAGACUCAUUAUCGAGCACCGACGUACCUAGAUACAAGGCUGCUGAUUAUGUAUGAUAUGUGUGGGAAGUUAGAUGAUGCACGGGAAGUGUUUGAUGGAAUGCCACAGAGGAAUAUUGUGACAUGGACGGCGAUGAUUGCGGCUUAUUCUCGUAGGGGUCUCCAAUCUCUGGCCAUUUGCCUCUUUCUUUGUAUGCUGAGAACAGGUAUUUUUCCAAACGAGUUUACGUUGGCUACUGUGCUAGCCUCUUGCAUUGGCCCUCAUGGACUUGAGCAUGGAAGGCAAAUGCACUCUCUUGUUAUCAAAAACAACUAUAACUCACAUGUAUAUGUUGGGAGCUCUCUUCUUAACAUGUAUGCAAAAGCUACUAAAAUCCAUGAUGCUAGAAGGGUCUUCGAAGUCCUUCCCGAGAGAGAUAUUGUUGCUUGCACUUCUAUUAUUUCUGGUUAUGCCCAAUUAGACCUCGAUAGUGAAGCCUUGGAAAUGUUUCAAAAGCUUUAUAAUCAGGGAAUGGAAUGCAACUAUGUAACAUUUGCUAGUCUUCUCACUGCUCUAGCUCGGCUUUCGGCAUUGGAGUAUGGUAAGCAAGUUCAUGGUCUUGUUAUUCGACACCAGCUUCCAUUUUAUAUUGUUCUGCAGAACUCUAUGAUUUAUAUGUAUGCGAAAUGUGGCUUUCUCUUGUAUGCUAGGAGAGUUUUCGACUACAUGCCUGAGAGAACUGUAAUUAGUUGGAAUGCAAUGUUAGUGGGAUAUGGUGACCAUGGUUUGGGGAGGGAGGUGAUGUCUUUGUUUAAGUCCAUGAGAGAUGUGAAGUCAGACUCUGUUACUUACACAGCUGUUUUAUCAGGAUGCAGCCAUGGAGGAUUGACUGAUGAAGGUUUGGAUAUUUUUGAUAGCAUGGUUAAGGACAAAGAAAUUGAACCCGAAAUUGGGCACUAUGCGUGCGUCAUUGACCUUCUUGGACGUGCUGGGAGAAUAGAAAAAGCUCUCGAGUUCAUCACGAAUAUGCCAUUUGAGCCGACGAUUGCAAUGUGGGGUUCAUUGCUAGGUGCUUGUAGGGUUCAUGGGAAUGUUUCAGCUGGAGAAUAUGUUGCUCAAAGACUUCUUUCGAUUGAGCCAGAAAAUGCUGGAAACUAUGUGAUUCUUUCCAAUAUUUAUGCUGAUGCUGGAAGAUGGGACGAUGUGGUAAAUGUGAGAGAAAUGAUGAAAGACAAGACAGUAAUUAAGGAACCGGGAAAAAGUUCGAUCAAUCUAAAUAAGACGAUUCAUACUUUUCACUCCGGCGAUCGCUCGCAUCCUCAAAAGGAUGAAGUAAAUGCGAAGGUGAGGGAGUUGUGUGAGAAGAUUAGAGAGAUUGGCUAUAUUCCUGACUUGAGCUGUGUGUUACAUGAUGUAGAUGAUGAGCAGAAGGAGAGGAUAUUGCUUGGUCAUAGUGAAAAGCUGGCAAUAGCAUUUGGGCUGAUGUUUAGUUCUCAACAUGGGAUUCUGAGAGUAACAAAGAACCUAAGGAUUUGUGUUGAUUGCCACAAUUUUGCGAAGUUGGUUUCGGAGAUUACCACAAGAGAAUUACUGGUGAGGGAUAGUAAACGUUUUCACCAUGUGGCAAAUGGUUCAUGCUCCUGUGGAGAUUUUUGGUGAUUGAUAUUUUGAUUGAUGACGCUAAUAAAGCCUUAGUUUGUGCCAUGGAAUUUGAUCUCACCAACGGAUAGAAGUAAAAAAAGUAAACACUUCAGUGUCAUAUUGUGAUUAAUUUAUAACCAUGAUUCUAACUGGCUCUAUGGUUGAGUAAAUUUUCGAUAUGGACGUAAAAAGGGGGCAUUUACAUAACCACCCAUUUUCUAAGUAGUUGCAUAUCUAACUCCUAAACUUUACUUUUUAACAUUUAUGCCACCUAAAUCUUUCA